AACCGUUUGGUUUACUCUGCGGUCUCUGGAUAUAACUGCACCCUGCCCCUCACCCUUUUGAUCUCAGCUGCAAAUGGAAAAUUGCCCAGUCGAGACCCACCGCUUCCUCUCCUACUUCCUGGAAAUGUCCCGGCUGCUUCACUUGCUCAGCACAUUUAACAUUCUGCUUCGGCACUCACUAAGGAGGAUGCCGCCCCGGAUGCCGCCCCUGGGCCAGUCUCACUCCCACGGCUCCACCCUCUCGGUGGGUGAUUUCAAUAAAAGGCAGGCCAAGCCACUGGAGGAGCAGAGGGGCCAGUCCAGAGGCCAACAGCUCCCACGCUGAAGCUUGAAUCCUCUCGCUGCAACAUGAAGGUCUCCGCUGCUCUCCUCUGCCUGCUACUCACAGUAGCUGCCUUCAGCACCGAGGUGCUCGCUCAGCCAGAUGCAAUUAACUCCCAAAUCGCCUGCUGCUAUAAAUUCAAUAAGAAGAUCCCCAUACAGAGGCUGACAAACUACAGAAGAGUCACCACCAGCAAGUGUCCCAAAGAAGCUGUGAUUUUCAAGACCAUCCUAGGCAAAGAGUUUUGUGCAGACCCCAACCUGAAAUGGGUCCAGGACGCCAUAAACCAUCUCAACAAGAAAAACCAAACUCCGAAGCCUUGAGCACUCACUCCACAACCCAAGAAUCUAAAGACAAUCUGUGUUCUUCUGGCUUCCCCUAACUGCCCUCUGAUAUUACCUUAUUAUAAUUUUGAAGAGUAUAACUUUAUUGAUGUGAACAUGAUGCCUUAAGUAAUGUUAAUAUUAUUUAAGUUAUUGAUGCUUUCAGUUUAUCUUCCGUGACUACUAGUGUUUUUUGUUUGUGUUUUUCUUUUUUUUUGGUUGUUCAUUUGUUUUCAUGGAGAUUUGGGCAAAUUGCUUUCCUCUGUGAAUCUCAAUUCUGUCCCUGGAAUGGUGGAAGUGUCCUCGCAAGAAUGAUUAAUGCAAGAACUUUUGGUUUUACAUUCUAAGUCAUUGUUAAAACUGCUAUUGUGGAAAUAUAUAUUGUGUAACUAUUGAAAAAUAUAUAUAUAUAUUUUUGUACAAAA